AUGAGCAUAACAAUGUAAAUGCAGUCCUCGAUCGGACACGCGGACGAUCGUUCGCUAUAAUUUCGAAAUUAUCCUCGUUCCGGCGUGGAAUUCUAAUUUCGACCCAUUCAGGAAUACCGGACUCGCAGGAUAUCACUGUUUUACCUUUUGUCCCGGACGAGACCGCUCGUUAAUCGAGCAGGGUUCGAAGAGAAUUGCUGUCGCAUUGAUUGGCUAUUGGGUCUAACGUUGGGAACAUCCGGCCUUUGGAUUCUAUCGUUACUCGGAUGGCGUUAAUGAAAAGUAUCAUAGAGAUGCGAAGCGAGGUAGGAGAAUGGCUGCCCACCUGUGUAGGUUCACCGAUAUGCAUCCUGUUGCUGUCCUGGUCUCUGUUGAUCUACCAGAAUCAGCCAUCCUCAGCGAAACGGCGGAUCGACGUGUUCACGGUAGCCGUUCUAUCCGAGAGCCUCGCUCAUCAACUCGGAUUGCUUCUGUACGCGAUUCUUACGCUCAUUCGACCGAGUAAUCACUUUGGAGAAUUCUGCUCGACCCUAGUUUGGAUGCUGAACUCGUCCACCAUUCUUCAAGAACUAACUCUGACCUCCAUCGCAAUCUUCACAGCAAUAACUUCCAGGGAUGAUAAAGUAAAUCUGACAAAGAAUCAUCUCAAGUAUCACCUGGUCAGUCUGAGUGUAAUCAGCGCCUGUAUCGGUGUAACAGGUGUCCUGAACUUCGAGCCAGACCUCUGUGUCUUCUUGGCUCAAGAAAUUUCCCUGAAAUAUGGAGUAUUCGUGAAUUCUCUGAGAUGUUUACUGAUGGUCACCUCAGUGAUCAGCCUCCUGUUGGCUCUGUUCAGGAGAGUUUGUCGUAGACCGAAGGCAGAGUUGUUGAAGUCAGUGUCAGAUUUGUCAGAGACCAGCUCGAAGAACUCUUCAGGAGCUUUCGAUUGUCAUCCACAACAGUGGGAUCCGUCCAGUGGGUCCUGCACCAGUGGAUCCACCAACAGUAGAGCCUGUCUGAGGAAGAAGAAGGUGCAGGUGGACGAGGCCAGUGGAAGAUCCACUAUUUAUAGCAUUCUCUUCGUCUGCUAUGUUUUUCAACACCUGCCAAUGCUGGUGAUAUCCAUCAAGCCGGGUCUCCUGAGGGAUUUCUGCACACCCCAGAAUCUCGCUACUUGGCUACCCUUGGUAAAAGACACCCUUCUUCCUGUGUUUCUGGCAUUAUUCGACAAAAUGUUCUGUCGCUACGUCGCCAAGGUUUAUACGAAACAGGAUCAUGCAAGAAGAUUGUCGCACGGAGGUAUAGACGGCAAAUUUCGUCAUUUCGAACAGGACGCCGAGUACAAGCUGCAGUUGAACCUGAACCACGGCCUCAAGUUCCCCUUGACUAACGGAAGCCUCUACGGGCGAUUGCACAAUCAUCAGAACAGAGGAAAGACUGGAACGAUCACAAUGGGAAUACAACACUAUCCUAGAACCCAGACCCUCAACGAGGAUAGCAACUAUGCAUCUCUACCAGCUGAACUGUCCUCCUUCACCAGCUCCACCUUUGAACCUCGUCAAGACACCAAUCCCGUUGAUAAUUCUAAGAAAAAUACCAUAGAGCAACAGAAUAAAUGCUCGAGAUUGAACGAAGGGUUUCUUGAACUACCUGGAAGUCGAAGGAAGAUUGGUAGCACAGAUGUGUUUGGACAGAACAUGCAGAAUUUGGUCCAGCUGGAGGAACCUUGCAGCAAAAGAAAGUUCACUAAGAGUCUGGACGAGAUUCGAGAAGAACCGUCCAGGAGACACGCUAGAAGCGUGCUAGGAUUGGAGAAUUUGAUCACGGGUCUGGAUAACAGUGUUCAGGAGCGACAGCGUUAUCCUAGGAUCGCUCUGAGAAGGAAUCAGAGCUUCGAUCAUGCUAAAUGCCAAUCGUACCAUCGACCGUUCCUGGAUUCAAGGACGUACGACCUGAAGAAGCAAAGGGAGGAACAGCAAAGUUUCCAGAGACAGGAGACUCAGGAGGAGCCGGACGGGUAUGAAACGUCCGACGACGAGAGCUGUGAUUUAGAGAACGGGGAUUUUGAUACUAUGAGCUCCUGUAGGAGUCGAAGUAGAAGCUGUUGCUCAGUCACCACAGUGGCGAACGAUGAUUUCGAAUAUUUUCAACGUAAGGGAACUAAGGUGGAGCUGUUGCCCUCGAAGAGAGGCAGCGAGGUAAAGGUCAACAUGCGAUCUUUCACGCCGAAGAUCAUCGAGAACGAGACGGAGGAUCGCAAAGAGAUGAAGAGCAAAUUGAUGGACACGAAACCGUCCAUACAGUCGUACCGUUUGAAGAAACAGAGAAUCGGACCUGGUUAUUCGAUGAAUGAUCUAGAUAAGAUUAGUGUUGAUAGAAAAUUACCAGAUCUGUCCAUAGACAGCCUGAAAAGCAUUCUGAUGAACUCUGAUGUCAGUUACUUAGAUAACGGAGACAUAUGUAGACACGAUAUUGGAGGAUCUGCGCCUGAUUUGAAGAAGAUCUUUGUGACUGAGUUUAUAUGAAAGCUUUUGGGCUUAGAAUUUGUACAGUCAUGGAAUGUGUUGAGAAAACAGACUGUACAAUGUGCUUUUGAAGGAUAGAUGUAGGAAUUGAAGAAUGUUUAAGAAACUUUAGGGCCCGGUUCGUGGUCAGUUUUUGUAGAAUGUGCAAUUGUACAAAGUGUUCAUUGUAAGAUUAAGGGAGUUUCUUUGUUUAAGAAACGGCGAGGUAAUCUCAUGCAGUUUCUGCACGCUUCAGAUCUAGAAAAUUAUAUAACAGCUGCGCGGAAGUAGCCGGUUUGGAAAGUUCGCUAACGCAACUGGUCUCGAUUAGGUCGUUAAUUAAUUCAAUUGUCAGUCUCUUCGUUUCUUUAGAUAGCAAUCAGUUCCUCAAGGUUUGUCAGAUUCAUGAACGCGAAGAUUUGAUUACUGAUCUUUGUGCUAUAAGUGUUCUUCACUCUACAGUUUUAUCUUCCAUGAUCUUGAUAAGACUUUAUUAAAUUUUAAGAACGAUUUCCAUUAUUCUCAAGCUGUAAUGUUUCAUUUAUCUAAUGCUGAAGCAAUAAUUGAUGCUGAAUACUGCUGAUUCCUCGUUCAAAUGAAACGAUGCAUUACUGUGCGUCAUCUGUCCAUUAAUCACGAGAAAUCAACGUGAUAAAUUAUGGGUAUAGCGAUCGAAAUUGUAAAAUAUGUUUGUAAAUUAUUUUCAUUAUUUGGGCGAUUCUAUUUCGCUCGUUGUUUCAUAGGAAACCUUUGGAGAAUAUUCGUAUUGUAUGCAGAUCGUUUUGUAUAUAUCUUGUACAUUUGUACGGUAAUAUUUAAUUCGGUAAAUACACAUAAAUACGUGGCAUCGCGUGUAAUUA